UCCGCCCUCCGGCCAUAAUUUGAGCACAUGUGCUGUUGAAAGAUGGCCCACUUCGGACCAAGUCUAUGUAUGAGACACGACGACGCUACGCCUUGCCAGAAACUUCGUGUUGCGAGCAUCGAGGGAUCUACGCUGUUCGCUCCCAGUAUAGCAGACUACAUUUGUUGAACAUCUUCCUACAUCGGGUCAAAUCCUUGGCAGGAUGGCCGCUGCGACAUCCGCCCAGUGGCACUCCAACCCACUGAAUCCAACAUCCGCCGCGCCACCUCCACAGUACGUUGUGCCGAGUUCCGCCGGUGUCAACGAACAACCACUGCCCCAAGCCACCUCGACCUCACCCUCACCGUUCCAACCGCCAACUGCGAUGAGAAGCCACGCUGGCGGGGUGACCGUUGACCUACAGCUUGAAAGGACACUGUUCGUAGCCAGAGGAGUUCUUGCUGGCCGCGUGCUUGUGAAUGUAGAUCGGGCGAAGGGUGUCAAAGUAGGGAGGAUCUCGGUUGAAGUGUUUGGAUAUGAGGAAACAACGCCAUCCAAAUCCGCCCAUCGCCGCCUGCUUCUACACCACAUAAUGCCCCUGCAAGAAGCCCUCAAUGCCUCAGCGAUGCCGACAGAUGUUGUCGUACCAGGUCCGCCAGACGAACAUUCUAUGUGGCCCGCACGCAAAGGAAAGCACGCCUUGCCCUUUGCGAUUCCACUUGAGAACGCAAGGAACGGCACGGAUGGCGUGAGGGUAGAGGUGGAGGGGCCGCGACCCCUGCCGAGCUCCUUCUGGAGUAGGGGCGUCGGCGGUGUCCGAUAUAUUGUAACUUGCACGAUCGACAUCAAAACAGGAAACAGCCGACCUUUAGCUCCUUUAACAACUUAUACGCCCUUCUUGCUCCUCGAAUCCCUUCCUCUGAAGCUCUCUGGUGGGCCCCAACAUUUCGAAUCUACUCUGGAAGCUGGAUCUCUCCUUGCGAGUGAGAUGACUACUGUGGUCAAUGGUCGCUACUUGUUCGGUUUGGGCAAAAAAGGCGAGAUCAAGUUAAGGGCAUCCGCGAAGAUCCCGACGUCGGUGCCUGCAGCUGAGACUGGUUAUCAGCCUGCGGAAAAUGUCUGGCUGGCAGGGAGCACUGGGCUUGUGGGUGUGGAGAUUGAGAACGGAUGCCAAAGAAGGAUCACUGCCCUCAAAAUUCGGCUGAUUCGGCGACUAAAAACCUUCUCGCAACAUGCUAACACCCCAGUCAACCCGCCGAAUAACCUGAACACUACAACGACCACCCUAUUUGCCGAAGCGGCAAGUUCAACCUUACUUCCCCUGUCCUUCUCGCGCGAAGUGAUUGCCAAGCGGUGUUGGCGGUACAAAAAGACCGAACAGCUUUUCGAAGAAGAUGCAAAUAAGACGCAGGAAGUUUUGGCCUGGAAGGGCGUCGGAAGGGGAGAAACGAGAGCCAUGGUGGUAGAUCUAGCCAUCCCCGUAAGUCGAUCAUACAUGCAUAACUCCGAUAAGGGGCUCUCGUCGCUCACAAACAUGUUUUCUGACAGAUCGUAGCGAGAAGCAUUCGAUAUGCUGCUUUAUUGGACGUUUCUUAUGUGAUCCAGGUGUCCAUCAAGCCUAAUGGAAGGUAAGCUAGAUCGCUCCAGGAUCUCAGGAUCUCACGAACCUGCACAGGACAUAACAUCGAUCUCGCUUCCAGUGGUCCACUCUUCGUCGAGAUACCUAUUACCAUCCUGCAUCCUGCAUCACUCUAUCAAAACCUUCCUUUACCUCAGAGUCGCACGACAGCCAAGCCAAGCGCCACUGCACCUCCAAUCACAAUCGACAAUAGACAAGCGCUGUACACAGACCCACAUGUCGAUCAGAGAGGCGAGACCCCCU